GCCGCGCCGAGCCCCGGGCGGGACCUCGAGAAUCUCCUGCCCGGCCGGCCGCUCCCGACCUUGCGGGCGGGACCCGAAGGUGGGCGCGUGGCUCCGGGGAAGCGGGUCCUUCCUCGAGGCUCCGGAGCGCGGCCGCGCGGUUCGACGCUGCCCGGCAGGGCGGGGCGGGAACUGGCGCUGGGGGAGCGCCGGGCAGUUGCGCAAGUUGUGCUCGGGCGGCUAUAAGAGCAGCGGGCAGGCAUGGAGCCCCGGAGGAAUCGGAGGAAUCGCGGUGCGAGCAGCUGCGAGGCACAAGAAGACCAUCCUGGGAAGGAAGAUGCAUUGUGGACCCCUGUGGCAAUUCCUGUGGCUUUGGCCCUAUCUCUCCUACAUUGAAACUGUACCCAUCCAGAAAGUCCAGGAUGACACCAAAACCCUCAUCAAGACAAUUGUCACCAGGAUCAGUGACAUUUCACACAUGCAGUUGGUUUCCUCCAAACAGCGUGUCACCGGUUUGGACUUUAUUCCUGGGCUCCACCCUGUCCUGAGUUUGUCCAAGAUGGACCAGACAUUGGCAGUCUACCAACAGAUCCUCACCCGUCUGCCUUCCAGAAAUGUAAUCCAAAUAUCUAAUGACCUGGAGAACCUCCGGGACCUUCUCCACCUGAUGGCCUUCUCCAAGAGCUGUCCCUUGCCCAGGGCCAGGGGCCUGGGGACCUUGGAGAACCUGGGUGGCAUCCUGGAAGCUUCACUGUACUCCACAGAGGUGGUGGCCCUGAGCAGGCUGCAGGCGUCACUGCAGGACAUGCUGCGGCAGCUGGACCUCAGCCCUGGGUGCUGAAGCCUUGGGGCCUCUCUUCCCAAAGUGUCUCCAUGAGAAGAGAGCCUGUGUGGAUACCGUUUAUUGGGCUUCCGCCCACCUCUCUCACUCCUCUAAG